CUAAAAAAAUUGCUUUACAAUACCCUGAUAACGAAAAAAAUAUAUAUAUCGAAGCGGCAAAACAACUUCGCCAUCCCUAUUGGGAUUGGACUGAUGAUAAAGCUUUAAUAGAAGGUAAAAACCCAAAUGAUAAACCAAAUUAUACACCUCCAGUCCUAGAAAGCAAUCCGUUUACUCCUGCUGGUUAUCCUACAAUCAGACAUCCUAAUGCUAAUUAUGAAGAUCAAAAUAAUUUGUUAAACGGCAAUGUGACCACAUAUGUUACUACGGUAUUUAGACCUGGAUGGUAUCAAGUAUUUCAGUUUGGCGACUUCCUACGUUUUAGCCACCAUGGCAUAAGACCAGAUGGUUCACAAAUGCCAAAUUAUUUCGGAAGUCAUCCUCCUCCUACAAUUGUUGAUGGAUUUAAACAUUAUGCUUCUCUUGAGGCAAUACACGAUGCUUUUCAUGUAGCAAUCGGUGGUCCUGGGGGUCAUAUGGCUUAUGUAGAUUUGGCUUCGUAUGACCCAAUAUUCAAUUUCCAUCACGUUUUCUUGGAUCGUAAUUUUGCACUUUGGCAGGAAGUGUUUCCUGAUAGUUGGGUUCCACAAACUAAUAUACUCAAUGGAUCUUAUACACAAUUAAUAAACGAAGUAGUAGAUGAUUAUACUGAUCUAACACCAUUCCGAAAGACAAAAACAGAAUUCUGGAAAUCUUAUGAUGUUCGAGAUGUAGAGAAACUUGGACAUACUUAUCUAGAAUUGGAGAAGUUUAAAGGUCAAGAUCCUAAAAAAUUACAAGCUUAUCUUCUUGAACUAUAUAAACCUGAUCCUCUUUAUGGUGAAAGAUUUUUCGUAAAGGUGAUUCUAAAAUCGAAUAAAUUAAUUGGACCAUACUCUGUUAGAGUAUUUCUUGAUUAUGACGCAGAUGCCCAAACACCAUUAACUUCACCUAAUUUUGCUGGUAUUGUUGCCAUGUGGAGUGGUCAUAAAUCACAUAGUCCUUUUGUCGUGGGAACUGUCGAUAUUACGGCAGCUAUGGAACGAUUGGGAAUACGAAUGCAAACACACGAUGUUUUUAAUGACGUUAACACUACGACUGGUCUUUUAAGUCCACAUGCGAUUUUUGAUGUUGAGAGAGAUAUCCACAUAGUUACUGUUAGGUUAAAUGGAGAGGGUGUUAGUCCGAAAGAAGCUGGAGUUGUUAAGAUUGAAGUUUAUUCAUUCAGACACGAUAAAAUAGAUCCAAAUUUCUUGGCCAAAGAUACUG